AUGUCAUCGAAUUCAACGGUCAAUUCGAACACUGCUUUAAAGUUGGAGCCACAGCUGACAGGGUGUGGCGAUCGGACGGAUACGAGCGCUAUUAGGCGUCUUGGACAUGCUAUCGAACACAAAUUAAUCAAGGGUUUCACUCCAGCAUAUUUUGUCACUGUCAUGGGCACCGGGGUAUCCAGUGGCAUCUUGUACAGAUUCCCAUACCCUGCGAGAUGGCUCGAGAUUUGCGGGUACAUAAUGUUUGGUAUCGGAGUCAUCUUUUUGCUACUGGCAUUUGUAUGCUUCGUGGUGUCCAUGUUGCGGUAUCCGCAGAAGUUCAAGGCAUAUCACAACGAUCCGGCCAUUGCCCCAUAUAUGGGAUGUUUGCCCAUGGGUUACAACACAUUGGUGAAUUUUCUCUAUUACAUUACGGGUACGGGGUGGAUCAUUGGAAUAUUGGUCUUGUGGUGGAUCUCGGUGGUGCUAUCGUUGUAUACGGCGUGCGUGGUGUUCUACACUGCGUUUCUCGCUAAACGUAGAUCGGGUGCCAAUUACUUGGAUCCAAAGGAAUUGCAUGCUACUUUGUUAUUGCCCAUCGUCACUCUCACAGUCGCGGCCCUGUCAGGUAAUGCAUUUGCCCUAGACUUGCCGUCCGUCGACUUUCAGGUCACUACAAUGAUCGUAAGCUAUAUCUUGUGGUCCAACGCCAUCUCCUUGGCAGUCAUUAUCAUUUCCGUGUACUAUUGGAAAUUGUUUGUAUAUAAAAUACCUCCCACAAAUAUUGUGUUCACCAGUUUUUUGCCCAUCGGUGUCCUAGGCCAAGGUGCAUUCUGCAUUAUAUUGUUUGGCAAUAACGUUUAUACGUUAAUUGUCAAACAUCACGACACCCUUUUAUCGUCUCAUUAUUUGCAUUUUCCAAAGGAACUCGACCUUUCUUCCGUGGCCACAUUAGGAAUAGGCAUCUCGGUGGGCCAAGCUGUGUUGAUCAUUACGGCGAUGGUGUGUUUGUUUCUAAUCUCGUUUGGAUACUUCAGCACUUACAUUGCAGUCAUCUCAUGUAUUUCAAAAACGCUGCCAUUCACCAAAAACUAUAAUAUUGAGUGUGCUUAUAACCCAACAAGCCUGAACCGUAUCAAAAAAUUACUUACAGGUUUCAUUGCAUUCAACAGAACAUAUUGGGCAAUGACUUUCCCUCUAGGUACUAUGGUUUUAUCAAAUAACGAGUUAUCCAAGUCCUUUGGUGGCUUGCGAGCAUUCCGAGUUAUAGCCACUAUAUAUGCGGUGGCCUUGCUAAUUAUCACUAUUGGCUGUAUCUGUGGGGUAAUUUAUAAAAUUGUAUGUUUUGCCAAAUACACCCUCUAUGGUACAUGCUAUGAAAAAAUCUAA